AUGGCAACUAAAGAUGAAAUUAAGUCACUCUUGGAGGCCGAAAUUGGACCUCUAAAAGCUAAAUUAACCUCGAUUGAAAAGUCAUUCUCUGAAUUGGAAAAGUCGGUCAAACACUUCUCCGCAAAGUAUGAUGAGCUCUUGAAGCAAGUACAGCGCUCAAAUGAUAGAACAGCAAGCCUUUCCACUGAUGUCAAGAACUUAAAGGAAGAUAUGAAGCAGUGCAAGAAAAUAGGGCGCGAAAUUGAAGACCUUUCUCAAUACUUGCGCCGCGACUGCUUGGAGCUGACAGGCGUUUUACAAACUGAAGAAGUAUCUUGUUUUGACCUUGUUUGUUCUAUUGGGAAGGAAAUGGGUAUCGAGCUGCAAGAUUAA